UUCUCAUGUAGAACAAGCCCCCCAUUUUAUUCAAGUGUCUCCCACCAGCAUGAUGUAAUUUGAUGCUGUGGAGAGCUUUCCAAGGCUGCCUGCAUGGUGUAGUGCGCAAAGCCUAUUGUUUAGACACAUUGCAAGAUGACAACACAAUGUGUUUCCCACUGGUCACCAGGUUUUGCAGUGGUCCUCUGAAUUUCUCCAUCACAAACAACAUUCAAUUCUUUGGUCUAAAGCACUUUCUGCAUUCUAGUUGGUUCCGCAUUAGCAGCAUUCAAUAUCGCUGUCCAUGGCACAAGUAGUGUCCUUCACAUUUGUCACAGAACAAGGAGAACAGGUUCUUCCACACCGACACUAAAGGCGCGCUUUCUUUACAAAAGGGAGAGAGGGGUGAUCCGUGUAGCGGUGGCAGGAGAGAGUAACCAGAGACAUUCCCAGGGGUUUUCCUGGCCGUAGUCUGGCAGCAGGUCCGUGGGAGUGAAGGAAGAGAUGUUUAACUGCUGAUGGGUAAUUUGGAGCUCUCCUCAACGGCAUUAGGAGGAAAUCAAAUAAAUGUGCAUUGACUGGAAGAAAAGAGAGCUACGGCAGUGAGUUUUCCUCAGAGAUCCCAGUGGAGCCAUUUGAACCAGUAACCAAUGGCAACAGUCCAGGCCCUGUCCUUGAACCAGGACCCCAGCAAAAGCAUCUGUGCCGUUUAUCCGACAUCCUCUUUGGCAUCAGGCCGCUGCGUCAUGGGAAGUGUAGGCAGCCUAAUCGAGAAACCAGACGUGUCACCAACCAAGAGCAAUAGAGCAGUUCCACAAGUAUCAGGACGUCAUAACCACGGCCUGCUCAAGAAGGGUUUCAACCAGAGAGAGCUGCUUAACUAUCUGAACAUAACCAAGAAGGAAGCGAAGGGCAGCAAACACAUCAUCUCUGGCACAUCCUCCAUCAAGAGAGAGCACAGGAGCGAGGAGAACGACAUCUACACUAAGGUCUACCACCGAGAUGGAAAAGAGCUUGAUUUGGGAAAGAACUCACUUCCCAUAGGUGGCAAGUUUGAUAAGCCACGUUUCAGACCGUCCGCCUUUAAACCGGUCACCCCCAAAAACUUCAGUUCCAUGCAGAACCUCUACCCUUCCAAGUUGGAGGAGCUAGAGAGCGGCUUAACCAACAGCAUGCAUCCAUCCUAUGCCAAAGCAGCGCCCAAAUCGCUGUCCACCUCUUCCUCGUCCUCCUCCCCUUCACGGCCAGGCAUGAGCACCAGAAAAGGAGUUCUAGCAGCAGCAGCCCGGGGCCACAGCCAGGAAGAGGAGAACACGUCCGACUCGGGACACAACUCCAUGAACAGCCUGCCGCCCUAUCGGCCGCCGUUCCGCCCUCACUUGGGACAAAUCAGCGCCUCUAUGGGUCACAUCAAUCACAUCGGCUCACUGGAUCGCAGUUCGCUGGGCUCCAAGGGAGCCGCUUCCACAGUCACAGACGUGUCCUGUCACAGUAUGGCUACGCUGAACCGCCUGCAGUGCUAUGGAAGCGAGGCCCCGCCCCCCUACGAGCUGUCACACUCUAUGGAGGACGUGGUGAGGGACCUGGAGGAACGCCUGCAGGAAAAGGAGCACGAGCUACGUCAGAUGAGGAGGAACUUGGAUGAGAGCGAAGAUGCCAUUGCACAGGUUUUUGAAGGGAAGCAGCGGCUCUGGGAGAAGGAGGUUACAGAACUGAAACACCUGUACACUGCCAAACUGCGCCAGGUAUCCCAGCAGUCCCAGCGUUCCCAGCGAAACCUGCAGCUGCAGCUGUAUAAGGUACAGCAGGAACGCAACCGGCUGCAGGAGGACCUGGAUUCUGUCAGGCUUGAGUGCCAGACCCUGAAAAGUCAAAGCCCAGCGGGACAAAGCCAGAACAUUAAUCCCCAGCUGGAAGAGACCCAAUGGGAGGUCUGCCAGAAGUCUGGAGAAAUCGCUUUACUGAAGCAACAGUUCCGAGACUCUCAGGCAGAGGUCACACAGAAGCUGAGCGAUAUCUUCCUCUUAAAGACUCAGCUGCACGAGGCGCGUAAUCAGAUGCAGAGCAAGGACAGCCAGAUCGACAUGCUACAGAUGGCCCUACAGGGUGCCCGCCGGAAAUGCCCCUUGCCUGCUUUCGAGGACACUCGAGCGGAUGCGGGUGAGACAGGAGGAGCCAGUGCCACGGAGGAGCGUCUCAGAGCUGAACUGCUGCUGGAAAGGCGCCAGAACGAGGCGCAGACUUCAGCUUUUGAAAAUGAGAGAAGCACAUGGCAGAACGAGAAGGAGAAGGUGAUACGCUACCAGAAGGAACUGCAGGCCAGCUACCUGGAGAUGUACCACAAGAACGAGGCCUUAGAGAAAGAACUGGCAAUGCUGAGAGGGGGCCGGGCCAGAGUGGAAGAGGGGGGAGCAGGGGGCGGAGAAGAGGAAGCAAAGCCGCCCACUGGUCUGCCCUGGAUAGAGAGGAUUGAGUCCUCUGAAAUCUGACUUUGCAAAUGUUCUUUAGCAUCUGAGAUUAGAUUGACGACAACAGCUCUGGAUCCUGUUUCACUUCUGAGACAAUGAAUAAACUAUAAAUAAAUAAUCUACAAGUUUGACCAAAAAGUGUACCAAAUAGAGGCGCAAGCUGAAUAUUAUGCGCCGUUUUGUAUCACAGAAAGAUUGAAAUGAAUUUUGUUAAAAAAUCUGAAUCAUCAAAACUAUUCUUUUUGCAAAAAUGAAAUGAUAAAUAAUCUGAUUUUAUUUUAAACACAAUAUUUGUUUUCAGAUCCUAAAUCAUUUACAAUGGUUUAAUUAAAAACCAAUAGAUGCUUUAAAAUUAGCUUUACUGGAGUGUUCUAGCACUAUUAUUUCAUUGAUUCUAUAUUUUGGGCUUUAGGUACUGGAUAAUACAAGACAUCAUAUUAUUCAAAGAAUGAAAUCAGUUAAGUGUGCAUUCUCUAAAUGCAUGAUGCACUUUAAAUGCACACAACUCAUGAGUUGUCCUUUGCAUUGGAAAACAUGUCAACAGCUGAUCCAUAUAGAAGCAUUUCUGCUACUAUGUCUAUUGAUGUGUGCUGCUGGGUUUUUCUGUUCUUUUGACCCAAGAUGUUUAUAUCUGCAUGAAUGUGAAACGAAAAUUCUGGUAAGUUUGAUGCCAUUGUGUGCACAGGACUGUGGAAAAGUCUUCAGUGAUCGUAAGGGUGUGAAAAACUGUGACUUAAUUGAUAAAAACUACUGAAUAUUUCAUAUUCUGUUUCAUGUAAUAAUUGUAUAGAUUUGUACUAUACACGUAUGGUGUUCUUUACCUCAAACUUGCAUAAACCUUGCCAUUUCCUUUAAAUUGACUGAAGAUUAUUACCCCCUUGUUCUGUAAAAAAGCUCUAAAAUGUGUCUUCCAGGUAAUGUAAAAUAAAAGUUUAAAAUGUG